AUGACGCAAGAGGAACCGCGAGCUGGCGACCCUGAGCUCAGCGAGAAGGAUGGCGUGCCGUUGCGCAGCGCAUGGCGUACUCCACGCGCGAGCAGCAACCGUGGCCGUGGUGCCGGCGCUGAAGACCCAGCACGUGUCGCUGUUGACCCUGAAGUGCUUGCAUCGGAACCGUUGUACGCUGUGACAAUGGACGAGUACGCAGACAAGCGCGGCGCUGCCGACAGGCUUGCAGCCCGGAGAACGCCAAACUGCUGGCGGGCUCAACAGUCCGAGGGGAAAGCUCGCGGUGCUGAGUUAGACGAUCAAAAAGCAGAAAAUGAAAGAGUAACUAGUGAAUUACAGAAACAACUCUCUAAUAACGAGGUCCUUGCUGACGAAGUGGAGCGACUACGGGCAGAAAACGACAACCUGGCCGAUGAGCUGGAGCAGCAGAAGGCCGACAACGACAAGCUUGCUGGUGAGCUGGAGCAGCAGAAGGCCGACAACGACAAGCUUGCUGGUGAGCUGGAGCAGCAGAAGGCCGACAACGACAAGCUUGCUGGUGAGCUGGAGCAGCAGAAGGCCGACAACGACAAGCUUGCGGACGAGCUGGAGCAGCAGAAGGCCGACAACGACAAGCUUGCCGAUGAGCUGGAGCAGCAGAAGGCCGACAACGACAAGCUGGCUGAUGAGCUGGAGCAGCAGAAGCAGAAGGCCGACAACGACAAGCUGGCUGGUGAGCUGGAGCAGCAGAAGGCCGACAACGACAAGCUUGCCGAUGAGCUGGAGCAGCAGAAGGCCGACAACGACAAGCUGGCUGGUGAGCUGGAGCAGCAGAAGGCCGACAACGACAAGCUGGCCGACGAGGUCGAGCUGGAGCAGCAGAAAGCCGACAACGACAAGCUUGCCGACGAGCUCGAGCAGCAGAAAGCCGACAACGACAAGCUGGCUGAUGAGCUGGAGAAAGCCGACAACGACAAGCUGGCCGAUGAGCUGGAGCAGAAGGCCGACAACGACAAGCUGGCUGAUGAGCUGGAGCAGCAGAAAGGCCGGACAACGACAAGCUGGCCGACGAGGUCGACGAGCAGCACAAGGCCGACAUCGAAAAGCUGGCUGACGAGCUGGAAAAGCAAGAAGGCCGACAACGACAAGCUGGCCGACGAUGAGCUGAGCUGGCCGACGGCUCAGAAGGCCGACAACGACAAGCUGGCCGAUGAGCUGGAGCAGAAGGCCGACAACGACAAGCUGGCUGGUGAGCUGGAGCAGCAGAAGGCCGACAACGACAAGCUGGCCGGACGAGGGUCGAGGCUCACAAGGCCGACAUCGAAAAGCUGGCCGACGAGCUCGAAAAGCAGAAGCCGACAACGACGAGUUGCCGAUGAGCUGGAGCAGCAGAAGGCCGACAACGACAAGCUGGCUGAUGGAGCUGGAGCAGCAGAAGGCCGACAACGACAACAGCAGAAGGCCGACAACGACAAGCUGGCUGAUGAGCUGGAGCAGCAGAAGGCCGACAACGACAAGCUGGCCGAGCAGAAGGCCGUUCGAGGAGUUCACAAGGCCGACAUCGAAAAGCUGGCCGACGAGCUCGAAAAGCAGAAAGCCGACAACGACAAGCUGCUGGAGCAGCAGAAGGCCGACAACGACAAGCUUGCCGAUGAGCUGGAGCAGCAGAAGGCCGACAACGACAAGCUGGCUGGUGAGCUGGAGCAGCAGAAGGCCGACAACGACAAGCUUGCGGGUCGAAAUACAAGGCCGGAGCAGAAGGCUGACAACGACAGGCUGGCCGAUGAGCUGGAGCAGCAGGAGGCCGACAACGACAAGCUUGCCGAUGAGCUGGAGCAGAAGGCCGACAACGACAAGCUUGCCGAUGAGCUGGAGCAGAAGGCCGACAACGACAAGCUGGCCGACGAGGUCGAGGAAACCACAAGGCCGACAUCGAAAAGCUGGCCGAUGAGCUGGAGCAGCAGAAGGCCGACCAACGACAAGCUUGCCGAUGAGCUGGAGCAGCAGAAGGCCGACAACGACAAGCUGGUCGCGAGGUCGAGGCUCGGCAGCUGGAGCGCCGACAUCGAAAAGCUGGCCGACGAGCUCGAAAAGCAGAAAGCCGACAACGACAAGCUGGCUGGUGAGCUGGAGCAGCAGAAGGCCGACAACGACAAGCUGCCGAUGAGUUCGAGCAGCAGAAGGCUGACAACGACAAGUUGCUGA